AUGGAGGAGCGACAGCGCACCAAGUCCGACAGAAGGCAGGACCGUGAUCGCCGGAAGAGUGCGGGUGACGGAAGGGAAGGUCCUGGGGCCACACUACCGCUAGAAGUAGGACCACGGAGCCUCGUUGCAGGCAUCUCGCAGUUGUGGUUCUCUGAUGAUAUUCUCCACUGGGUGUGCCAGUUCACCUGCGCACCGAUGGUGGACAUCACUUCCAGCGGGGGGUUUUCUAUUUUCCUUCAGCGAUGGGGAGUGCGUCAUGUCACGUCAAGCUCCCAUUACCCACAGUCCAAUGGGCAUGCAGAUGCUGCUGUGAAGAAAGUCAAGUAUCUGAUCAUGAAGACAGCACCCAACGGGAAUAUUGACUGUGAGGAGUUCGACAGAGGCUUACUAGAAUUGCGUAACGCCCCAAAUUUCACUGGUCGUUCUCCUGCUCAAGUUCUGUUUGGUAUGCCCCUUCGCUCCUGUGUGCCUGCCCACUCUAGUGCCUUCAUGAAGGAGUGGCAGACCAAGGCUGAAGACUGCGACCGUAGAUUUGUGGGGAUUUUCAUCUCCCAAAAUUAUGCUUACGUCCCCAGGGUUUUACAGGCAACCAGGCCAGCGCGUGAAACAAGGACAUUCACACGAACUCUCAGUCCUACGGGAGAGUUCACUGUUUACUCGUCCUCUCCCUUUCAUGCGUCGCGGCAAACAGCGGGCGAAGAGGGUUGGCAGAUCCCUACAUUAGAUUAUGGGAAUGACCUGGAAAUGGCUACCUGUAUUUCACUACAUUCCCGAUGGGACGGAAAAGGUCGCUAUGACAUUAUAGCAUUCAUUGACUUGAGCACAAAAAGGCCAGUAUCGGCGUAA